UUCUUGAAUAUCAACUUGCGCGAAUAGAUGUAGUAUUUUCUUGGGAGAAAUCCUGAUUGAAAAGAGCCACUCCGCCCUUUCACCCUUUCGCGAGAAUCCGCUUUCUACCAGAGAAAGGAUCCCCGCUCUCUUCCGUGAGAUUAGGUAAAAGCUAAAAAUCCCCAACUGAGGAUAGCAAGAAAUGGGUCAGAUCCAAUACUCUGAGAAAUACUUCGAUGAUUCCUACGAAUACAGGCAUGUCGUUCUUCCGCCAGAGGUUGCGAAACUGCUGCCGAAGAAUCGGCUCCUCUCUGAGAAUGAGUGGCGUGCAAUCGGUGUCCAGCAGAGCCGUGGUUGGGUCCACUAUGCCAUCCAUCGGCCUGAGCCCCACAUAAUGCUCUUCAGGAGGCCCCUCAAUUACCAGCAGCCUCAGGAGAAUAAUCAACACAUGGUCAUUGGUAAAUGAUGAUGUGUGUUUUCUGUGUAGAAAUGUUGUUGAUGGUUGCCAGCAGUACUGUGAACUUGGACUGGUCUUUCUGUUGACUGUAGCUUUUCAUGGUUGGUGCUGUUUUGGCAUUUAAAUGUGGUUGUGAUGAUUCUAGUUAAAUAGGAUUUGUGGAGAUUUGGGUGUA